UUCUGCGUGUGUGUGUGUAGGUUCCAUGAGAGGAUGAUCCCUUCGCUGGAACAGAUUCCAUCUCAAGUUGGCUAUAUGGUGUUGAGUUUGGACGGCGCCAUUCUAAACUCUGGUGGUCAGUUGUCCAACUUGGAGAAUUUCGCGGAAAAAAUCUUGAAGCUUCUUCCUGCUUGUUGGGAUCUUGUGGAAACAACAGGUUGUCCUGAAACCAUCCAAACAAUUUCUGUGAAUUACAGCGGUUAUUCGUACAUCAUAGCAAAGUCGAACAAUCGGUUGCACGUUGUGAAGCGAGUGUUUUAA